AUGGACAAAUACGAGGUUAUUGGAAAAAUCGGAAAAGGAUCAUUCGGCGAAGUAUCAAAAAUCAUCAGAAAAUCUGACCGAAAAGAGCUUGUAUGAAAAGAAAUCAAUUAUGGAGGAAUGUCUGAAAAGGAAAAAUCUCAGCUAGUAGCUGAGGUAAAUAUUUUGCGGGAGUUAAGACAUCCAAAUAUAGUGCGAUAUUAUGAUAGAAUAGUCGACAAGAAGAAUGCAAAAAUUUACAUUGUAAUGGAAUUCUGUGCUGGAGGAGACUUAGGAAGCUUAAUAAAGAAAAAACAAAAAUCAAGGGAAAAUUUCAAUGAGGAUACUAUAUGAAAAAUUAUUAUGCAAUUAUGCUUGGCAUUAAUGUCAUGCCAUCAAAGAGAAAAAGGGAAAAUUAUUCAUAGAGAUAUAAAGCCUGGAAAUAUAUUUUUAGAUGAAAAUUUUAAUGUGAAAUUAGGAGACUUUGGGCUUAGCAGAAUAAUGAACGAAGAUUCGAUUUAUGCUUACACUCAUGUAGGAACUCCGUAUUAUAUGUCCCCAGAACAGUUUUCUGAUGGGAAGUAUAACGAAAAAUCUGAUAUAUGGUCAACUGGCUGCUUGCUAUUUGAAAUUUGUGCAUUGACCCCGCCUUUUCAUGCAAGAACCCAAGCUGAGUUAGCACUCAAAGUAAAAGAAGGCUUAAAAGAAAGAAUUCCUAAACAGUACUCAAGCGACCUUCAGCUGCUAGUAAACGCUAUGAUGACAGUCGAUUACAACCGACGUCCAAGUAUAGAAGAAAUCUUGAGAAAUCCUUUUAUUUCUUUAACUCCCCCUCCGUGAGCGAACAAAAACAAUUGUUAGCUCACAGAUUGAGGUUAAUUUAUUUUUUUAAAUUUACAUAUAAUUUUAUAUUUUUUAUUCGAAAUUUAAAAAUAUUAGAAAAAUUUAGGUUUUAAAUUGCAAUUUGUUUAAAAUUUAACAGAAUUAGCUAGAGAUUUCAUUUACUAAUUAUCACAUAUAUAUCUAAAUUUUUUUCAUAAAAAAUUUUUGUUCGCUCACGGAUGGUGGUUUUUUGGAUCGGGAUUCCCCAAUGGUUUUGUUCGUCACGGAGGGGGUAGUAAGAAUUAAAGAAAAUCAAAUAAAAGAAUUAAAUUCAAAAAUCAAAAAGGACGAAGAAAAAUUAAAAGAAAGAGAAAAUAAAGCAAAAAAUAAUAGAGAAUUAUUAAAAAAAAGAGAAGAAGAAAUAAGGGUAAGGGAAACAAAAAUGCUAGAAGAGAUGAAAAAUAGAGACAAAAAGGAAGAAAAAAAAGAAGAAAAAAUCAGGACUUUUGAUGAUGUUCUUGCAGAAGGACUAGAAAGAAUUAAAAAAUGUGAUGAAAUUUUAAAGAAAAAAGAAAAAAGCAGUGAAGAAAAUUUGUGUAAAGAAAUUAAAUUGUUUGGAAAUAAGGAAGAGUGUAAGGAGGAGGAAAAAUGUGGAGGAAGAGAUAUUAAUAUGAAUAAGCCUGCAGCUCCUGAAUAUUAUAGAAGAGAGUCGCCUACUUAUAAUAUAGGGAAUAGAGAAAGAAAAGAUUCUCCUACUUUAUUUCAUAAAGAGCCUACUCCACAGCAGAAAAUUACUGAGCCGAGCAGGGUUUCUCCAAACCCAAGAGAAGUUUAUAAUAAGCCUGAGCCAAGUCGUGUUUCUCCAAAUCCAAGAGAAGUUUAUAAUAAGCCUGAGCCAAGUCGUGUUUCUCCAAAUCCAAGAGAAGUUUAUAAUAAACCUGAACCAAGCCGUAUCUCCCCUCAUCCACGAGAAAUAACUACCAAUAAGCCUGAGCCUCGAAUUUCUCCUGCCCCAAGAGAAAUAUACAACAAUAAGCCUACAACACCUGAGUACUAUCGAAGAGAUUCUCCAAUUUACAACAACUGAACCAAAGAAAGGCGUAAUUCCCCAGUUUACAACCCCAAAGAUAUUCAACGAAAAGAAUCCCCUAGUUAUCGCCCUAAAACCCAAGAAACUAAUAAAAGAGAAUCCCCUACCUAUAGGCCUAAAACUCAAGAAGCCGCCAAAAAAGACAAUCCAAGAUCCUAUGAAAAAGACAAAUGGAAUUCUCCAUCACAUAGGCCAAAAACUCAGGAAAAUAAUCGAAGGAUUUCUCCUUCAUACAAAGAAAUAGACCGCCCUAAAACGCAUUAUGGGGCUCAUGACUAUACAAGGUACAAGACAAAUAAUAUAGAAAAUCAUCAUGAUAGGAAAAAAUCUCCAGACCCUUAUGACUAUAAAAAAUCGCCAAAAAAAGCUUAUAAAUAUGGGCCAAGUGAACAAGCCCAGCGGCAAGCGAUGAGACCACCUCUUAGGCAGAUUUCUCCAUAUGAUCGUCCUCCUAAAACUGGCUACAACAUAUAUAGAUAUCCCAAACAGGCUUAAUAUGCCAAAUUAUCAGUAUUUUCUUAUUAUAAUGUGAAUUCUUUCUAUAUUGUAUAA